AAACAAGGUGUGUCCAUUCAAAGUAAAACACCAACAUACCUGAACACGGCUCUAUUGACGGCGUGUUGAGGGCGGAGCCUGAGCAGGAACAAGGGAUCGCACUCAAACUUUGACCUCAACGUGAGUUGUCAGGUUUUGACACUGAGUACAGAUAGCGUUCCUGUGGAGGAUUAUCUGACUGCGCCGCAUGUCAUGGAGCUUUAGGAACAUUUUGCCAUUGCUGUGGGUUUAAAUAGACAUUUAAACGACAUUAUAUUGUGUUUGUGGACUUUUCCUGCGUUCGGUUUUUUAUUUUGGUUUACCCCGUCUGACAUCGAGGCACUUUACUUUUUACUCAGAAGUGCUAUCGGAUAUUCUCGUUACCUUGACACGGGCUGAAAGUCUGUCGACUGCAGAGAAAUGGAGUGUGCAUGUGAGACGGACAACGCUGGUGCAGGCUGGUGGAUGAGCCCCCAGAUGGGGGCCUUUACCAUGGUGGGGUAUCUCCUCUACAGAUUCUCUCAGACACUCCCGGCUCUGAUCCGAUGGCCAAUUCGUCUGUUCUGCUCUCUCACCGGUCUGUCGGCUCUGUGGAGCUGGGUGGGCCGCCUGGUGGGAACCCUCCGUGGAAUCCAGAGCCUGUGUAAAUGGCUGUCUCGAAUUUGGGGGUUUGUUGGAACGUCUUCCUCCAAGUUGAAGUGGCUGGUUGCCGUCAUCACAGGGUCAUCCGGAAAUCCACCGCUGGAGUCGGAGAGUGCCAACCAACCGGGCCUGAGGCUGAUCCUCCUGGGGCCCACGGGCGGAGGACGGACCUCCCUGGCUGAUACUUUGUUGGGCAACAGCGAGAAAACGGCCCCCAUGGGUCCCCUAAUGGAGAGCACCAAGAGAAGGGCCGUCAUGGGUGGUAGAGAGGUCGCCGUGAUCGACACCCCGGAUCUUUUAGGGUCGUCAUUGGGGAACAACGGAAGAGCCAGGGAGGCCCUGAGGAGCCUCCAGCUCGCCAGUCCGGGACCACACGCCUUCCUGCUGGUGAUACCAGCCGGGGGCUCCGGCACAGGGGUCGAUCAGGACACGGCGGCGGCGAUCCGCUCCAUCCGAGAGCUGUUUGGAGACGGGGUGGCGACGUACAUCAUACCGGUGCUCACCCACGCGGCCCGCCCGGGCCGGAAGCAUACGGUGGAGCACAAGGACUCCGAGGGUCCGGAGAGGACUCCGUCUCCAUGCAACCAGAGGUCAGAGCUGGUGGACAACGGGCCAGACUGCCCCCCGGAGGCCAAGAGCGUGCUGCGCAGGCGGCUGGUGGGGCGGGUGACGGAGAUGAACGGGGGACAUUUCGUCCACGAGCUGCAGAGGAGGGAGGACCGCGUCAGGGAGGAGCUGCUCACCGACAUGGGCUCCGUACUGGCCGGAAGACUGGGACACAUGUAAAUGAGAGAGGGGGGAGGUGUGUGUGUGUGUGUGUGUGUGUGUGUGUGUGUGUGUGUGUGUGUGUGUGUGUGUGUGUGUGUGUGUGUGUGUGUGUGUGUGUGUGUGUGUGUGUGUGUGUGUGUGUGUGUGUGUGUGUGUGUGUGUGUGCGUGUGACAUAGUUGUCUGGGUAGUGAAACAAUAGGAAGGCAGGAUUAAACAAGCAAUGUUUACAUUUAGUGUGAGGGGGAUUCUUUGCUUGGAGUGUAUUGGUCAGUCUGCUGGUUUACAACGGUCGAGAUACACUUACUACCUGUGACCGCCUUUGGUUUUCAAUAUGUGCUUGGCACCCUGCCUUAUCUUUAAUAAUUCAUAAGAGAUAUCAUACUUUAAAGAUGAUGGGGAAAAUAAACCAAAGUCACGUUGGGCCUUGAGUUCAGCUGC